CCCAGAAUAGCAAUGCCUCAUCAGCCUUGCAAAGUUGACAGCUGCUGACUUCGUCUCACGCCAUGCCCUCACGAGAUGACAACUAUGUCUACAUCAGGGUCAUCGGCCGAGGCGCCUUUGGAGUUGUCGAACUGUGGCGCCAGAAGUUCAAUGAGGAGAAGCUCGUGGCAGCGAAGCGCAUCCAUGUGGGCGAGAUGUCCAAGGAAGAACUGGAGCAGACACGACAGGAGGCGCAGUUGCUGAAGGCACUGCAGCAUCCUCACAUUGUACAAUACAUGGGGAGCUGGAUGAACAGACAGAUGGAGGACUUGAUCAUCGUGCAAGACUACUGCGACGGGGGGGACUUGGCUCACUACGUGUUCUUCAAGAAGAAGAGCCAGGAGUUGAUCCCGGAGACCAGCGUCGUCCAGUGGUUGGCGCAGCUGACCCAUGCUCUUCUCUAUUGCCACAAGAAGGCCAAGAUCCUGCAUCGAGACCUUAAGCCCACGAACGUCUUCCUCACCGAGGACCUGCAGUCGGUGCGGCUCGGGGACUUUGGCAUCGCCAAGUCUCUGAAGUCCACGGCCAGCCUCUGCCAGACUGUGGUGGGCACUCAGGCCUACAUGAGCCCGGAGCUCACCCGGAUGCAGCGGUACGGCAUCAAGACAGAGGUCUGGAGCUUGGGGGCCACUUUGUACGAGAUGUGCGUCCAGGAGAAGCUUUACGACUCCCCGGACGUGGUGCUGCUCGUGCAGCGCAUCUCGAGCGCCAAGGAGGCGCCCAGGGUCCCUCCGGAGCUGGGCUUCUCCACGGAGCUGCAGGAGCUGUGCGCGUCGAUGCUGGUGAAGGACCCCUCGACGCGGCCCAACUUGAGCGAGCUGCUGCAGGAGCACGAGCUGCUGCGCCUGACGGUGCUGCAGCUGGAAAGGAGCAUGGACUGGACAGACUCGCUGGUGGAGAGCCAUGGGAAGGACUGGGCUGUGCCCUCGGAGGCACAGGAGAAGUUGAGGGAGGUCUUUGCCAAGUACAGCAAGGAGGGGCUCUUGAGCAGGCGUGAGCUCACGAAUCUGCUGCAGCGGCUGCACCCGAAGUGGGCCUCGGGGGUGGCAGCGCUGCUGCUGAAGGCUGCGGACGCCAACGGGGACGAGACCUUGGACUGCGAGGAGUUCUUGAAGUGGCUCUUCGGAGGGGAGAAGGAGUGGGAUCCUAUCAAGCAGGCGUUGGUCCAGUCCACGGAGGAACCCGAGCCGCGGGUGGAGAAGCCCGAAAGCUUCACCGAGAUGGCCUCAGAGGCACGGGUGCGCCUGCUCAAGUCCGAAGGCAAGGAGCUGUCCUUGCAGGAGGCCGCGGGGAUGAAGGAGCUGCACGAGCUGCUGAAGUCUCACAAGGAGCUGCAGGACGUGCUGAAGCGCUUCCCCGUGGAUCCGGUCUCCUCAGCCAUGUCGAUACUAGACUUCUCCUCGUGGUCAGUCGCCCGCUUGAAGGACUUCAUCCACGCGGAGGGCGGCUCUGCGGCCGGCGCCACUGAAAAGCAGGAACUGGUGGACCUUUGCAGCCAGCUCUUCCAAGCAACUUUGGAGGACGAGGCUCCAGACGGUGACGCAUCCACAGAGGCGGAGGCCAAAGGGUCGCCGGAGGAGCGGGAGCAGGCGAUGUGCAUCGAUGCGCGGCUUCGGUGCAUCCGGCUGCUGCAGGAUCAGGGGGACCCGGACCCGGUGGAGCUCGCGGUGGCGGUGCGCCAGGCGCGGAAGCUGCUGAAGGAGGAGCCCUGCGAAACGGCCAUUGUGAGCCACUCCCAGCGUCUGGGCAUGCGUGCGGAGGACCGGUGCUCCCAAGCCACCACGGCCGCAGAGAUGGAGCAGGCAGUGGACCUCAUGCGGGCCGUGAAGGACAGCGAGCCGCCGGGGGCACCUUCCUGCGUGACCUUGGAAGCCCUGCAGCGUGCCUCUGCACGGCUGAGGGGUGCCACGAAGGAGCUCUUGGGUGUGAGGUCCCAGUGUGGGCCCUUCGUGAAGACCUGCUCCUUGCCACAGAGCACGACGCUGGCGGAGCUCAAGGCAAAGCUGGCGCUGCUGUGGACGCGGCCGGUGGAGAACCUUCGCUUCUUCGCCAAGGACGGUGCCCCCUUGGAGUCUGAGGACCAGUGGCAGGACCGCCGCUACAGCACCGAGGCCAAGGCCAGUGCCGCUGCCAACAAGUUCCUGAAGGUGAAAGUGCUCCUCAGGAAGAACACCAACGACGAGAAGCCCUCGCAGGAGGUGCUGACGAGGCGUGCAUAUGUGCCCAAGAGCUGAAGGGAUCGAAGGAGGUGGAGGUGAACAUGGUCUUGGAGCGGAAGAAAAAGGGCAAGGACAAGGGGAAGGAGAAGGCCAGAGCGCCCUCCAAGCCUCGCCCGGACAAGGAGAAGAAGUCCCUGGCCGGCCUUGCCGCCUCCAGCAGCCCCUGGCGCGCCUGAGUCCCACGGGCUCGCUGGGCGGCUUCGCCCGGAAUUGGCGAAUUUUCCGCGCCACGGCCGCGGCGCCAUUUCUAGGUGGCGUCCAGCAAAGGCGGAUCUCGAUCACCCCGCUUGAGCAGGGAGAGA